AACCUCACCAGAUCGAACUCUAUCUCUGGCGCGGCGUCUUCGGUUUCGGUUCGUGGAGCUCUGUUUGACACUCCAGGCCUCGACCUCUCUCUCCCUCCCUUCAAAGCCUUCGUCAAGCAGAUCGUGCAAGCUUUUCUCGAAGAGAAGCAGCAACAGCUAGAUGAAGAACAACAAGAACAACAAGGAGUUACCCAGGACAAGGAGUUCGAUGACGAUGGCGAUCUCAUCAUCUGCAAGCUUUCGGAGAAGAGGAAGGUGACGAUUCAGGAUUUCAGAGGGAAAACACUGGUCUCCAUUAGGGAGUAUUACAGAAAGGACGGCAAGGACCUACCUACUUCAAAAGCAGGUCUUUUCACUAAGAAAUACAGAAGCUUCUCUUUUUAUACAGAUCACGCCUCGAAUGAUUUUGCCACUAAGAAGGUCAAG